GCGAGAGAGACGAGAGAGAGGGGGAGAGAGAUUGAGUAAAUAGAAAAAAAGUGUGUAAAUUCUAGAGAGAGAAAGCAAAUAGAGAUUUAGAGCGAGAAACAAGGCGCGGAGAGGCCGUCUGAAAUCACCAGUUCUACAGACACACACAACACCAAAAUUUAUAAAUCAUCAUCGUCGUCAUCGGCUAAUUAAAUCCAGCCGCGAUUCGUUCAAUUCCCUCUUUUCUAGCCCACAAUAUAUUUUCAAAUUCAGCUCACAGAUCAGCACACAUUCAAACACACACACCUAUACACACAACAUCCUGUAUCUACACAUCUACACACUCAGAUCUCACGCCCAAUCGCCACUCGGAUCGAUCGAGUCGCAGCUCCAAUCAAUUCGAAUCGCAUCGCAUUGCGGUGUCCUAAUUCAAUUUACAUUUGAUCGAUAUCGAUUGUGUUGUGUUAUGUGUUUAAUCGGAUGAGAGAGCAGAUUUGUAUCUAUAUAUGUUUAAGAGAAAAACUAGUACAAUGAAAUGGAACUCAUUGCUUAAAGACUUUAGAGAAAGAGUUUCUGGUUUUUCGCACUCGAAUCCGAAUUCUACUUACAAUUCUCCCACUUCUUCUGCUUCGCCUUCGUCGUUUCACGGCAGGGAAAAUAGUAAUGAUGACUACGAUUUGGCUUCGCAGGACUUGUCCGCCUCGUCUCCUCCAAGAAGCAAUGACAAGCAUGAGCUGGAGCUGGACUUCAAGAGGUACUGGGAAGAUUUUCGGUCCUCAAGUUCGGAAAAGGAGAAAGAAAAGGCGUUGAAUUGGACUGUAGAAGUUUUCUGUAGAUUAGUAAAACAGCAUACUAAUGUAGGCCAGUUAAUUACAAUGUUAGUAGAGACACAUAUAUUCUCUUUCGUUGUGGGAAGAGCAUUCGUGACGGAUAUUGAUAAGUUAAAACUAAGCAACAAAACAAGGGCUUUGGAAGCUGAAAAAGUGUUACUAUUUUUCACGGAAGUGACUAAGGAUGGAAUCCGGCCUGGCUCAAAUUUGCUGAACGCACUGGAAGUUCUUGUAUCCGGGCCAAUUGAUAAGCAAUCUCUCCUUGAUUCUGGAAUAUUAUGCUGCAUGAUUCAUAUACUUAAUGUUCUUUUGGGCGCCAAUGAGGGGAAACCCAAAGAAAAGUCUUCUUCUGAGUUGUUACAGACACCAGAAGUUGAUGAGUUAGCCGUGCGCAGACUUGAGAUAGAGGCAAGUGUUGUGCAUGUGAUGAAAGCAUUAUCAAGCCAUCCAUCUGCAGCACAAAGUUUAAUUGAAGACAAUUCACUUCAGUUGCUCUUUCAGAUGGUUGCCAAUGGGUCUUUGUUUGUUUUUGCUCUAUAUAAAGAAGGUCGAGUUCCCUUGCACAACAUUCAGUUACAUAGGCAUGCAAUGCAGAUACUCGGACUUCUUCUUGCUAGUGACAAUGGCUCCACGAGCAAGUACAUACGAAAGCAUCAGCUGAUAAAAGUACUUCUCAUGGCUGUGAAGGAUUUUGAUCCUGAAUGUGGUGAUCCUGCAUAUACUAUGGGAAUUGUGGACAUGUUGCUUGAGUGCGUAGAGCUCUCGUAUAGACAAGAUGCCAAAGGUAUCUUGUUGCGAGAAGAUAUCCAUAAUGCUCAUGGCUAUCAGUUUCUAGUUCAGUUUGCGUUAGUUCUUUCGAAAAAUCAAGGGUCUCAAGCAGCACAUUCUUCUUACCCUGAACAAAAUUCUUCUUCUCAGAGUUUGGAUGAGUCCAAUGAUGCAGAAAAGCAAGUUAUGAAGGGGAAUAAUGGGUGUUCUUCUCCUCAACAACUAUCCCCUUCUCUGUCUAGAUUGCUGGAUGUAAUUGUUAAUCUGGCUCAAACAGGUCUAGCUGAUACUAAUGGAUCUUCAGGAUUUAAAGGUCUCAUAAGUUCUCAUAAUAAGCCAAGUGGUCGUGGCAGGAAAAGUAAUUUAUCUUCUGAUAGAUUUUUGGAUGAAACUUGGGAGAAGGAUAAAUACAUAGUUAAAGACUUAGAAGCUGUUCAAAUGUUGCAGGACAUCUUUCUUAAAGCAGAUAGUACGGAAUUGCAAGCCGAAGUACUAAAUAGAAUGUUUAAGAUAUUUUCAAGUCAUCUUGAGAACUAUAAGCUGUGUCAGCAGUUGCGGACAGUGCCUCUCUUAAUCCUUAAUAUGUCUGGCUUUCCAUCAUCUUUGCAAGAAAUAAUCUUGAAAAUUCUUGAGUAUGCAGUCACUGUUGUCAACUGCAUUCCAGAACAAGAAUUGCUUUCACUAUGCUGCUUGUUACAGCAACCCAUAACAUCUGACUUAAAACACACUAUUCUGUCAUUCUUUGUGAAGCUAUUAUCAUUCGAUCAGCAGUACAAGAAAGUCUUGCGAGAGGUUGGAGUGAUGGAAGUUCUUUUAGAUGAUUUGAAACAACAUAAGUAUCUUUUGGGCUUAGACCAACAGAGCAGUGAAGAUCAAUUGGAGAGGAUUACCAGUUCGAGCAGUUUGCAGAAACAGAUGAAAAGCAAAGAUACAAUUCUUUCUUCACCGAAACUACUAGAAUUAGGCUCGGGAAAAUUUCCACUGUUUGAAGUUGAGGGAACUAUUGCAGUGGCAUGGGAUUGCUUGGUGUCCUUGUUGAAGAAAGCUGAAGCAAAUCAAGCGUCUUUUCGUUCUGCUGGUGGUGUAACAGCAACUCUUCCUUUCUUGAUAUCUGAUAUCCACCGUCCUGGAGUUCUUCGGGUGUUGUCUUGCUUAAUAAUCGAAGACAGUUCACAGGCUCAUCCAGAAGAGUUGGGUGUGUUGGUUGAGGUAUCAAAGAGUGGUAUGGUUACAACUGAUUCAGGAUCUCAAUACAAGCUUCCCGACGAGGCAAAGUGUGAAACCUAUGGAGCCUUGUGGCGCAUUCUAGGUGCUAAUAACUCAGCACAAAGGGUGUUUGGUGAAGCAACUGGGUUUUCUCUUUUACUAACAGCGCUUCAUGGUUUUCAGAGUGAUGAAGGGAAAGUGAAGCAGUCCAAUCUGACAGUUAAAUUAUUUACAUAUCUGCUGCGUUUAAUGACAGUUGGGGUGUGGAACAAUGCUGUUAAUCGGACAAAGUUGCAUGCAGUUAUUUCAUCCCAAACUUUCUAUGAUCUUCUUUCGGAAUCUGGAAUUAUUUCUGUUGAGUGUGAGAGGCAAGUCAUACAAUUAUUAUUUGAACUUGCCCUUGAGGUGGUUAUUCCCCCGUUCUUAUUGUCAGAAAAUGCUACAUCUUCUGAAACUAUUGAGAACAGUUCUACUACUUUUCUUCUAGUUACUCCGUCAGGCACUUUUUCUCCCAGUAAGGAACGUGUAUAUAAUGCUGGUGCAAUUAGGGUGCUCUUACGUUCUCUGCUGCUCUUUACUCCAAGAGUGCAGCUAGAAGUUCUUGACCUUAUCCAAAAGCUGGCUUCUGCUGGCCCUUUUAAUCAGGAAAACCUUACAUCUGCAGGUUGCGUGGAACUAUUGCUGGAGAUCAUAUAUCCAUUCCUUACUGUAUCCUCGCCAUUACUUUCUUACUCUCUUAAGAUUGUUGAGGUUCUGGGGGCAUAUAGGUUGUCCGCGUCAGAAUUUCGUGUGCUUGUUAGAUACAUCCUGCAGACGAGGCUGAUGAAUUCAGGCCAAGUUCUUGUUGGCAUGAUGGAACGAUUAGUUCUUAUGGAAGAUAUUGCUUCAGAAAGUGUUUCUCUUGCUCCUUUUAUGCAGAUGGACAUGAGCAAGAUUGGACAUGCUUCGAUACAGGUGUCUAUGGGUGAAAGAUCUUGGCCUCCUGCUGCUGGUUAUUCUUUUGUUUGCUGGUUUCAAUAUCGGAAUCUCUUAAAAUCACAUGCAAAGGAAAUCGAUACGUCCCAGGCCGGGUUGUAUAAAAAGCAAAAUCAGAAUAGUAGCCAGCACAACGGGCCAAAUGUACUUCGCAUUUUUUCUGUUAGUGCAGUAGACAGUGGUAAUGUGUUUUAUGCAGAACUUUGUCUUCAAGAGGAUGGUACUUUGACCCUUGCAACGAGCAACUCUUCUGCCUUGUCAUUCACGGGGUUAGAGAUGGAAGAAGGUAGGUGGCACCACCUAGCAGUUGUCCAUAGCAAACCUAAUGCUUUGGCUGGACUUUUCCAAGCUAGUGUUGCUCACGUCUAUCUUAAUGGAAAGCUUUGUCAUACUGGUAAACUAGGAUAUGCACCAUCUCCAUUUGGGAAAUCUCUGCAGGUAACAAUUGGGACACCAGUCACCUGUGCAAGGAUCAGUGACCUAUCGUGGAAACUCCGCUGUUGCUAUCUUUUUGAAGAGGUUCUCACACCUGGUUCUAUUUGUUUCAUGUACAUUUUGGGUAGAGGAUACCGGGGUCUCUUUCAAGAUACAAAUCUUUUACGAUUUGUUCCAAGUCAGGCCUGUGGUGGGGGUAGCAUGGCCAUUUUAGAUUCUUUGGAUACGGAGUUACCAUUGUCUUCUACUACUCAAAGGCCUGAUAGUGCUGUCAAGCUAGGCAACUUGAAGGUUGAUCGAAGUGGAAUUGUUUGGGAUAUGGAAAGGCUAGGAAACCUAUCUCUACAGCUAUCAGGGAAGAAGCUUAUUUUUGCAUUUGACGGGACAUGCACAGAAACUUUUCGCGCAUCUGGAGCCAUCUCAAUGCUGAAUCUUGUCGAUCCUGUAUCAGCUGCUGCUUCUCCCAUAGGAGGUAUACCUCGGUUUGGACGUCUUCAUGGUGAUAUUUAUGUCUGUAAGCAAUAUGUUAUUGGUGACGGCAUUGGUCCAGUGGGUGGGAUGGCUGUUGUUUUAGCUCUUGUUGAAGCUGCCGAGACAAGGGAUAUGUUGAACAUGUCACUAACAUUACUCGCCUGUGCACUUCAUCAAAAUCCUCAAAAUGUGAAAGAGAUGCAAACAAAUAGAGGAUAUCACUUGCUUAGUCUCUUUCUGCAUCGGAAGAUGUUACUUUUUGACAUGCGUUCACUUGAAAUUUUUUUCCAAAUUGCUGCAUGCGAGGCUUCUUUUUCUGAGCCAAAGAAGCUGGAACAGGCACAAAAUGUUCUGUCUCCUGCUACAACAGUUAAUCAUAAUAAUCUUGAGGAUGUCAGUCUGUCGAAGUUUCGUGAUGAAUUCUCCUCAGUCGGGUCUCAUGGGGAAAUGGAUGAUUUUUCUGCAACUAAAGAUUCGUUUAGCCAUAUUUCAGAGCUUGAAACUGCGGACAUUGGGACUGAAACAUCAAGAUGCAUUGUAUUAUCAAAUGCUGAUAUGGUGGAGCAUGUCUUGCUGGACUGGACUCUAUGGGUAAUGGCCCAAGUUCCUAUCCAAAUUUCACUUCUGGGUUUUCUUGAGAAUCUGGUGUCUAUGCAUUGGUAUCGGAACCACAAUCUUACAAUUCUGCGUCGGAUUAACCUUGUUCAACACCUAUUAGUAACACUGCAGCGGGGUGAUGUUGAAGUUCCCGUGUUAGAAAAAUUAGUAGUUCUUCUGGGAGUCAUUUUGGAAGAUGGUUUUCUAACUUCUGAACUGGAACAUGUGGUAAGAUUUGUGAUUAUGAGCUUCGAUCCUCCUGAUUUGACUUCGCGUCAUCAGAUUACACGAGAGCCUAUGGGAAAGCAUGUUAUUGUAAGAAAUAUGUUGCUUGAGAUGUUGAUUGAUCUACAAAUGACUAUUAUAUUUGAGGAUUUGCUUGAGCAGUGGCAUAAAAUUGUUUCGUCAAAGUUAAUUACUUACUUUCUUGAUGAAGCUGUUCACCCUACGAGUAUGAGAUGGAUUAUGACACUUCUUGGUGUGUGCCUUGCUUCUUCACCUACAUUCGCACUAAAAUUUCGUACAAGUGGUGGAUAUCAAGGUUUGUCGAGGGUGCUCCGGAGUUUCUACGAUUCUCCGGAUAUAUAUUAUAUUUUGUUCUGUCUGAUAUUUGGGAAACCUGUAUAUCCAAGACUACCUGAAGUUCGUAUGAUUGACUUCCAUGCUCUUAUGCCUAAUGAUGGGAACUAUGGGGAACUAAAAUUUGUUGAGAUAGUGGACUCGGUUCUUGCUAUGGCCAAGUCUACAUUCGACAGGGUGUUUAUGCAGUCCAUGCAUGCCAACCAAACUGGCAAUCUCUCACAGGUCAGUGCUGGCCUUGUUGCAGAGCUUGUAGAUGGUAAUAAAGACAUUGCUGGAGAACUUCAAGGCGAAGCUUUGAUGCACAAAACCUAUGCAGCUCGGCUGAUGGGUGGAGAGGCAUCAGCUCCUGCUUCUGCAACAGCAAUACUAAGGUUUUUGGUUGAUUUGGCAAAAAUGUGUCCUGCAUUUUCAGCUGUUUGCAGACGUGUAGAAUUCCUUGAGAGCUGCGUUGAGCUUUAUUUUUCUUGUGUCAGGGCUGCUCAUGCCAUCAAGAUCACCAAGGAACUGUCUGUAAAGACUGAAGACAAGAAUUUAAAUGCAUCUGAUGAUACCAGUAGCUCCCAAAAUACCUACUCUAGUCUUCCUCAUGAACAAGAACAGUCUAACAAAACCUCCACAAGCGUGGACAGCUUUUCAAAGGGGCAGCCUAGUACAACUUCCGAUGAGAUGCCUACAGUUUUAAGUGAUAUGCCAGGUGAUAAAGCAGAGAAGAGAUCUACAUUCAACCAGGAAACAGAUGAAAUAUCGAAAGAAGAUGCACAAUCUGUUCUCAAACCAGAAGGUGAAGCAAUUGAUCAUAUAUCUACUCCCACCUCAAGCAGUGAUGAACUCAGUUUACGUGAUGUCAAAAGGAAUUUAGAGCCCAUUCUCCCCACUGGUUCUCAAAGUUCUACACCCCAGAAUUCUCCCAUGUUAUCUGAGAAAUCUCAUUCUAAAAUGUCACUGACAACUUCAUCAUCGCCUGUCCUUGCUUUGACAUCUUGGUUGGGUGGUGGCAGUCACAGCGAACUUAAAACUCAAUCGGCUGCUCCUUCCAUGGAAUCGUAUAUAUCUGUGACAGAAUCUGAUGCUUCAUCGGAACCGAAGUUUAGUUCUCAUGGCUCCACGGCUCCAAAUGAAUAUUUGGCAAUUGAUUCUGGUUUACUUAUUGAAAUGGAUGAUUCUGGAUAUAGUGGUGGUCCUUGUUCUGCAGGAGCUACUGCUGUUUUAGAUUUUCUGGGAGAAGUUCUUUCUGAUUUUGUGACCGAGCACCUGAAAGCGACCCCAAUUAUUGAAAAUAUAUUAGAGAGUGUUCCUUUAUAUAUAGAUGCUGAGUCUGUGUUAGUAUUUCAGGGGUUGUGCCUUAGUAGAUUGAUGAACUUUGUUGAAAGGCGUCUCUUGCGUGACGAUGAGGAAAAUGACAAAAAGCUAGACAAGAACCGGUGGUCACUAAAUCUUGAUGCUUUGUGUUGGAUGAUUGUGGAUCGUGUAUACAUGGGUGCUUUUCCUCAGCCUGCUGGCGUACUGAGAACAUUAGAGUUCUUGCUAUCUAUGUUACAGUUGGCAAAUAAAGAUGGCCGGAUUGAGGAAGCACCUCCAGCUGGAAAAUUACUCUUGUCAAUUACCAGAGGAAGCCGGCAGCUUGAUGCUUACAUAUAUGCUGUUCUUAAAAAUUUGAAUCGCAUGAUAUUGUAUUGUUUCCUUCCGCUGUUUUUGAUCACCAUAGGAGAAGAUGAUCUUGUUGAGCGCUUAAGGUUGCAAAAUGAAGCAAAAAAGCGCCCGUUCUCCAAUUUAUCACUUGAGGAUACUGGGGUUGAUAUAAGCUCAGUGUUACAGCUGUUAGUUGCCAACAGGCGGAUUGUAUUCUGUCCCAGUAAUAUUGAUACUGAUCUAAAUUGUUGUCUUUGCAUAAACCUAGUCUCUCUCCUCUUUGACCAGAGACAAAAUGUUCAAAACUUGGCAGUUGAUAUACUCAAGUAUCUUCUGCUGCACCGUAGGGCUGCUCUUGAGGAAUUAUUGGUGUCCAAGCGAAACCAAGGGCCACAUGUGGAUGUUUUGCAUGAUGGAUUUGACCAACUUUUGACUGAAAAUUUGUCUACAUUUUUUAAAUGGUUCCACAGUUCUGAACAGGACAUUAAUAAAGUCUUGGAACAAUGUGGUUCCAUUAUGUGGAUGCAGUAUAUUACUGGAUCAGCGAAAUUUCCUGGAGUCCGAACAAAAGGCUUGGAUGGUCGUCGUAAAAGAGAAAUAAGUAGGAAAUCAAGGGACGACUCAAAACUAGAUUUCAGGCACUGGGAGCAGAUAAAUGAACGUAGAAUUGCACUUGAAUUGGUUCGUGAUGCAAUGUCCACUGAACUGAGAGUUGUUCGUCAAGAUAAGUACGGAUGGGUGCUUCAUGCAGAAAGCGAGUGGCAAACACAUCUGCAACAACUUGUACAUGAAAGAGGAAUACUCCCAACACGUAAAAGUGUUACUGAUAAAGAUCCUGACUGGCAGCUUUGUCCCAUUGAGGGUCCUUUCCGUAUGCGCAAAAAGCUUGAGCGAUGCAAACUUAAGAUCGGUACGAUACAAAAUGUGUUGAGUGGACAAUUUGAAUUAGGGGAACUUGAGCUGUCCAAAGAGAAGAUUGAGAAUGAACCAAAUGCUUCUGAUGCUGAGUCUGAUUACUUCUAUAAUGUUCUUACUGAAAAUGCGAAGAAUGAUUCUUUUGGGAGCGAGCUCUAUGAUGAAUCAAUCUUCAAAGAAUCAGAUGAUGCCAGAGAUGCAACUUCAAGCAAGACAGGUUGGAAUGAUGACCGAGACAGCAGUAUAUAUGAAGCAAGCCUUCAGUCUGGAGCUGAUUACAGUGUCAAGCCUGAUGCACUUAACAUCCUCACAGCAGAGAGCAUACAUGAAAAAUCUGAUCUAGAAUCUCCAGUGCAGCCGCCUGCAGUUAGGACAGAGGAAGGGAAAUUACCGGAAGAAAAAUCCGAUAAGGAUCUGAAUGACAAUGGUGAAUAUCUGGUUAGGCCUUAUCUUGAGCCACUUGAGAAGAUAAAGCAUCGAUAUAAUUGUGAAAGGGUUGUUGGUCUUGACAAGCACGAUGGCAUAUUUCUUAUUGGAGAACUUUGUUUGUAUGUCAUAGAGAAUUUCUAUAUUGAUGAGUCUGGGUGCAUAUGUGAAAAGGAGGGUGAAGAUGAACUCUCAGUUAUUGACCAGGCCUUAGGUGUAAAGAAAGAUUUCCCUUGCAGUAUGGAUUCACAAACCAAGUCCACUUCAUCUUGGGGUGUUUCCAUGAAAUCAUAUGUUGGUGGAAGAGCAUGGGCAUACAAUGGUGGUGCAUGGGGAAAGGAAAAGAUAAGUAGUGGUGGUAAUGUACCUCAUCUUUGGCGUAUGUGGAAGCUUAAUAGCGUCCAUGAGAUGUUGAAGCGUGAUUACCAGCUGCGUCCAGUUGCUAUUGAGGUUUUUAGCAUGGAUGGUUGCAAUGAUCUUCUUGUUUUCCAUAAGAAGGAGAGAGAAGAAGUUUUCAAAAAUUUGGUGGCCAUGAAUCUUCCGAGAAACAGCGUGCUGGACACAACAAUUAUGGGAUCAACAAAACAAGAAAGCAAUGAAGGAAGUCGCCUAUUCAAGAUUAUGGCAAAAUCUUUCUCUAAGAGGUGGCAAAAUGGUGAAAUUAGCAAUUUCCAAUACCUCAUGCACCUCAACACUCUUGCUGGACGUGGGUACAGUGAUUUGACCCAGUAUCCUGUGUUUCCUUGGGUCUUGUCAGACUAUGAAAGUGAAAAUUUGGACUUGUCAGAUUCAAGAGCCUUCCGUCAACUUGAUAAACCAAUGGGUUGUCAAACUCUAGAUGGGGCAGAGGAAUUCAAGAAAAGGUAUGAGAGCUGGGAUGAUCCGGAGAUUCCAAAAUUUCAUUACGGGUCUCACUAUUCUAGUGCAGGCAUUGUUCUUUUCUAUCUUUUACGCUUGCCACCAUUUAGUAUGGAGAAUCAAAAGCUUCAGGGUGGACAGUUUGAUCAUGCUGACCGUCUAUUUAACAGUGUACGAGAGACAUGGCAAAGUGCGGCUGGUAAAGCCAACACCUCUGAUGUAAAGGAACUCAUACCUGAAUUCUUUUAUAUGCCGGAAUUUUUGGAAAACCGGUUUGAGCUCGAUUUGGGUGAGAAACAAUCUGGCGAGAAGGUUGGCGAUGUUGUAUUACCUCCAUGGGCUAAAGGUAGUGUUAGGGAGUUCAUCAGGAAGCACAGAGAAGCAUUGGAGUGUGAUUAUGUUUCUGAUAAUCUUCAUCACUGGAUAGACCUCAUUUUUGGAUAUAAACAGAGAGGGAAGGCUGCUGAAGAGGCUGUUAAUGUGUUCUAUCAUUAUACAUAUGAGGGCAGUGUUGACAUAGACUCUGUUACAGAUCCUGCAAUGAAAGCCUCCAUUCUCGCACAAAUUAAUCACUUUGGGCAAACCCCAAAGCAAUUAUUCCGCAAACCCCACAUCAAGAGGAAUUCUAAUAGAAAGUUCCCUUUGCAUUUACUUCGAAAUUCUACACUACUUGUUCCGCACGAGGUUCGCAAGAGCUCAUCUUCAAUAUCUCAGAUUGUGACAGUGAAUGACAAGAUUCUUGUAGCAGGAGCAAACAACUUGCUCAAACCCAGAACUUAUACCAAAUAUGUUGCAUGGGGAUUUCCAGAUCGUAGCUUGAGAUUUCUCAGCUAUGAUCAAGAUAGACUACUAUCUACUCAUGAAAAUCUUCAUAGUGGUGAUCAGAUCCAGUGUGUCAGUGUUAGUCUUGAUGGUCAAGUUAUGGUUACUGGCGCAGAUGAUGGGUUGCUAUGUGUUUGGAGAAUCAGCAAUUAUGGUCCCCGUGCAUUACAACGGCUGCAGUUGGAAAAGUCACUAAGUGCCCAUACAGGCAAAAUUACUUGUGUUCAUGUGAGCCAGCCUUACAUGAUGAUUGUGAGUGGAUCAGAUGACUGUACAGUUAUUUUAUGGGAUCUUAGUUCUUUGAAUUUUGUUAGGCAGCUUCCGGAGUUUCCAUCACCAGUGUCAGCAAUAUAUGUGAAUGACUUGACUGGUCAAAUUGUGACUGCGGCUGGGGUCAUGCUUGCUGUUUGGAGCCUUAAUGGGGACUGCCUUGCGGUGGUUAACACAUCACAGCUACCAUCAGAUUUCAUUCUCGCUGUUACCAGUUUUACAUUUUCUGAUUGGUUGGAUAUUAACUGGUAUGUAUCAGGGCACCAGAGUGGAGCAGUAAAGGUCUGGGAAAUGGUUCAUAUCUCUGAUGAGGAUUCCCUCCAAAGCAAGUCUACUGGCAAUCCCACAGGAGGACUAGGCUUGAGUGGAAAGGUGCCCGAGUACAGAUUAAUACUCCACAAAGUGCUUAAGUUUCACAAGCAUCCUGUUACAGCCCUUCACCUUACAGGUGAUCUUAAACAGUUGUUAAGUGGUGAUUCUGGCGGCCACUUGCUUUCAUGGACAAUACCAGAUGAUAAGUUGAGGUCGCCUUCAGUUAAACGGGGGUGAUCUUGAUAAUGAAACUGAACAAUGAGUGUUUACUGCAGCCCUUCUUUCAUUGGGCAAGCUUUGAUCAUGACAAUUCUUGAAUGGGAAAUUGGUUUGGAAUGUCUAUCCUCUGUGUAAAAAGGAUUGAUAAUUAUUUGAUACAUCUAAGGAGGUCACCAGAAGAGAGCUGGCGUGGACAGUGUUUGGAACUUGGAAGCAUGGAAAGAAUACGCAGAAGAAGGCGGCAUUUGCUUCCUGUAUAUAAUGGCAGACAGUGAAGUUAAAGUGUUCCCGUAUCAUCUGCAUAUCGUGGUUCAAGAUUUGGUAUGAUGAGUAAUGAGCCCGGGGCACUGCUGUUGUUUUUCUCCACAGUUGACAGAGCUGUAUUGUUGUGUACACCUAUUUAUACACGGGGGAUGUUGGCCUCCUUUUGUUGUAUAUAGAAAGUUGAUGACAGAAUAGAAAGAAGGCUGUAUAGCAGGAAAAGGUACUAGGCAGGAGGUGAAGUUUUGGCUGAAUUAUAUUUUGUUUAUUUCAUGGAAGGUAGUGUAAUUCAAUUUUAGGCCAGUGACUGUAUGGAUAGUUUUCAUUAUUAUGGUUGUAUCUAGUCACCCAUGCCCAUUUUCUGUUAGUAAAAUUUAAGCCUAUCUUGCCUGAAAAAUUGGAGGCAUGUAGUUAGUUAUCUUUGCUUUAAAUCUGUUCAGGUUCUUAUGAGGAAUUAUAUUUUUAGGCCUGUAAAAAUGUCGAUGGAGGCAUGUGUUUAAUUAUCUUUGAUUUAUCUAUGUUCAUAUUCUUAUAAACAAUUUCAA